AUGGGUAGAGGUACGGGUAGAGGGGCAGAAGAGGAGGCAGGAGCACCAGGGGGGUGGGAUUCUCAAAUUGAUCCAGGGACAGGCGGAAGGAGGGAUGGGGAGAGGGGAAGGAUGGGACCGGGUGCAGGGAGGGGGUUCUCUGGAGGUGGGAGUGGGUUUGGGGAGGCAGAGGAGAGAGGCGUGGCUAGUGGGGGCAGAGGUGGUCGAUCAACGCUGCCAGUAGGUCAGCACGGGCACCCGGUGACUCAGCACGGGCACAGGGCAGUGCAGGGGCGCGGGCGGGCAGUGGGGGUGCGGGCGGUGAUGGAGGAGGCAGCUGCAGCAGCCGCUGCUGCCGCCACAGCACCACGGAGGCCAAGCCCUGGGCCAAGGGGUUUGAGCGUGGGAGCAGGGAGACAGGAGGGGACUUUUGAGUCGACUCUAAAGUCAGCUGCAGCAGCCGCUGCUGCCGCUACAGCCUCACGGGGGCCAAGCCCUGGGCCAAGGGGUUUCAGUGGGGAAGCAGGGAGAAGGGAGGGCGGCAGUAGAGGGCGAGGGGAGGAGGGUAACGUUGGCCUUAGAGGGAGAUUUGUGGGAGAAAGGUCCGCUCAACAGCACAUGGCACAUGGUGGGGUGAAGGUACCUGAGUUGCCGCCAUCUCCCAUGCCAGGCGUGUUGGCGGCAACUGGCGGCACUGCAGCAGCGGCAACAGCAGCAGCAGCAGCAGCAGCAGCAGCAGCAGGAGGAGGAGCAGCAGCAAGAGGGGUGCGAGCAGGCACAGGCAGAGUAGCCAGCAAUACAGCCACCUCAGCUGCGGCCAGGGGUGCAGCACCCGACACCAUCACCACACCAGCAGCGAACGUUCCUCUGAAGGGUCGUAGGCUGGUGGUGGCAGUAGGGAGCAACGCUGACAGUGCUGGGAGAGUCGUUGCAACCAGUUCUCGCUCUCUGCCUCUCCAACAGCAACAAGGUCAUCAACAGCAGCUUCAGCCACAGCAGCAGAUACAGCAGCAGACGCAGCAGCAGCAAGGGCAGGUUCAGGGGAGAGCGGUGGGGCAGGGGUUAGUGAUUCGUGCGCGAGUGGAUGGCGCAUCCGCGUCCUCUCAACGUGUGGUGCAGGCGCCUUCCCUCCCUGCCUCCCAUGCGUCCCUUCCCUCUCAAGCAUCCCAUCCAUCCCACACACCCCACACUCGCCACACGCCCCAAGCACCAGGAGCACCCCAUGCUACCCAUGCCGCUCGGGCAUCUGACCUGCGCCAGCCUGUGAAGGUUAUUUCAUCUGGCUCUGAAGUCCCACCAGGGAGGAGGGACCUGAAGCGGGUCCGGUCCGAGCCGGAGGCUGCUCCGGGGAAUGUGGUUCGGGAAUUAGCUAAUGGGCUAGGCGUCAGGCAAGGGAACGGUGCUGUGAACAAUGCAGGCGUGACAGGUGUCAAGAACCGACUGGCUGCCAGGCUGUCAGGGCCUGUGGGCAAGGCGAAUGUAGCUAGGGCAGGAGGCGGCUCUGAUAGUCCCAGGGUUGGUGCCGUUGUUGCUGCCACUGCUCUCCCUGCUGCUGCUACUGCUCCCGCCGCUGCUGCUGCUGCCACCCCUGCUGCUGCUGUUGUGAAGGUGGGGGAAGCAGCAGGAGCAGGAGGAGGGGGAGAAGGCGGGUUCCGACCGAGAAGCCUGGCAGAGAUCCUGGCGGAGAAGAGGAAAGCCCAGGGGGCUGCGGCUAGUGCGACAGCCGGCAAGGCAGCUAGUGCGACAGCUGGCAAGGCGGCCGGAGCGACAGCUGGCAAAACAGCUGGGCUGUUCUCGGGCCCUCGGCCGCUCUCAGAGCUUCUCAAGCGCAAGCGAGCAAGUGACGAGGGAGGUGGGGGGCGGGCAAGUAUAGUGAGAACGGAGGGGUCUGAAGGUGGGGGAGCUGGUGGCGGGGCACAGCAGAAGGUUGUUGGUGAGAGGCAGAGGAGAUUGGUGGGACUGGAGAUGACAGGUGGGCAGGGUGAAGGGAACGUGGGUAAGACCAGGAGGCUGUCGAGGGUGCUGAGUGGGCGCAGUGGCGGAGAAGAGCGGCCGAAAGCGGCAAGCACAGCAGCAGAAGCGUCAGGCACUGGAGCAGAAGCAGCGGGUGGAGAAGCAACAGUAGCAGGCACAGGGGCAAGAGGCGCUAAUAAUGAGGAUGUGGAAAAGGAUGAUGUCCCUGGUGCGGCCGCUGCCCCUGUUUCUGCCCCUGCUGCAGCUGCUGCAGUGGAGGAGAAGGGUGGACACGUGCCUGAUGCUAAACUGGCUGAUAACGCUGAUGAUGGUAUUCUCCUGGUUCGCAGUGGUAGCUCUCAGUCGAAGGGGGAGAGAGCUAUUGGAGAGGUGGACUUGGGGGAUGAGGAAUUGGUCGAUGAAGAGGAUGAGGAUUGUGAUCUGGAAGGAAAGCUUGGCGAUUUAUGGUGA